GAUAGCCCGAACGAUAACCAACCUUUUAGCCGCCGCUACGAGGUAAACACGUUGCAAAUUGCAAUUUGUUGACUGUUAAAAUUUAUUUAGCUGAAUAUUAAGUUAACUUAAAGUCAGUUGGACAGGCGAACAGUGCAAAAUGGCGAAUGUGGAGCGUAAAGGCACCUUCAAGGUGGAAUACCUGCAGAAAAUCGAGCUCGAAGUGCAACAGCGCUGGGAGGCGGAGCGCGUGCACGAAACGGAUGCCCCGACGGCGCCCAAAAAGCGGCAGGCGGAAAAGUUCUUUGUCACAUUUCCGUAUCCGUAUAUGAAUGGACGUUUGCACUUGGGCCACACAUUCUCAUUGUCGAAGGCAGAGUUUGCGGUACGAUACCAGCGUCUUAAGGGCCGCCGUGUGCUGUGGCCCUUCGGAUUCCAUUGCACGGGUAUGCCAAUUAAGGCGUGCGCAGAUAAGCUGGCCCGCGAGCUGGAAAUGUUUGGUUAUCCGCCCAAUUUUCCGGACACGCAGGAAGCAGCGCCAGUCGUUGAGGAGACCCAGUCUGAGGUGCCCAAGGACAAGUCCAAGGGUAAGAAGAGCAAAGCCGUGGCUAAAACGGGUACUGCCAAAUACCAAUGGCAGAUCAUGCAAAGCCUGGGCCUGCAGGAUGAGGAAAUCAAGCAGUUUGCCAAUGCUGAGCACUGGCUCAACUACUUUCCACCGCUGGCGGUGCAGGAUCUGAAGCGCAUCGGUGCCCAUAUCGACUGGCGUCGCACGUUCCUAACCACAGAUGCCAAUCCCUACUACGACUCAUUUGUACGCUGGCAAUUCAACCACUUGAAGCAGCGCGGCAAGAUUAUGUAUGGCAAGCGCUAUACAAUCUAUUCGCCCAAGGACGGUCAACCCUGCAUGGAUCAUGAUCGUUCCACCGGCGAAGGCGUCGGUCCGCAAGAAUACACGCUUAUCAAGAUGAAGGUGCUGCAGACGCCCAAGGCUUUAAGUGCCAUCAAGCAGCCCAUUUACUUAGUGGCAGCGACUCUGCGUCCGGAGACCAUGUACGGCCAAACCAAUUGCUGGCUACAUCCAGACAUUAAGUAUAUUGCAUGGCAGACAACGCGCAAUAACGAGGUGUGGAUAAGCACACAUCGUGCCGCACGCAACAUGGCCUAUCAGGGAUUUACCGCCGAAGAGGGCAAUAUCGUUGUGCUGGCCGAAGUGUCGGGCCUGGAGCUGUUGGGUGUGCCGCUGUCGGCACCGCUGACCAAGCACAAGACCAUUUACACACUGCCCAUGCUGAGCAUCAAGGCCGACAAGGGAACGGGGGUGGUUACCUCCGUGCCAUCGGAUUCGCCCGAUGACUAUGCCGCGUUGGUGGACUUGCAGAAAAAAGAGGCGUUCCGUCAAAAGUACGGACUGAAGGAUGAGAUGGUGUUGCCCUAUGAGCCCAUACCCAUCAUCGAAGUGCCCACGCUGGGCAAGCUCGCUGCUGUGCAUGCCUACGACACGCUGAAGAUUCAGUCGCAGAAUGACAAGGAAAAACUAGCCGAGGCCAAGGAGCUUUGCUAUCUGAAGAGUUUCUAUGAUGGCGUUAUGCUGGUAGGCGAGUUUGCGGGUCGUAAAAUCCAGGAUAUAAAGAAAGAUUUGCAAAAACGCAUGAUUGAUGCCAAAGAGGCGGAUAUUUACUACGAACCUGAGAAGACCAUCAUGUCGCGCUCAGCGGAUGAGUGCGUGGUGGCCCUAUGCAACCAAUGGUACCUCAACUAUGGCGAACCCGUAUGGCAGGCGCAGGCAACAAAGAUACUGCAGGACAUGGAAACGUUUCACGAGGAGGCACGCAACAACUUUGAGGGCUGCCUGAACUGGCUGCACGAGUACGCCUGCUCGCGCACCUACGGUCUGGGUACCAAGUUGCCCUGGGAUGAGCAGUGGCUCAUUGAAUCCCUGUCGGACUCAACCAUUUACAUGGCCUUCUAUACGGUCUGUCACUUGCUUCAAGGCGGCACAUUCCGUGGGGAGAAACCAGGCCCAUUCGGCAUCACACCUGCCGACAUGACUGCCGAGAUCUGGGACUAUAUAUUCUUCAAGGAGACGCCACUGCCUAAGAAAACAACCAUCAAAAAGGAACACUUGGCUGUGCUGCGACGUGAGUUCGAGUACUGGUAUCCAAUGGAUUUACGUGUGUCUGGCAAGGAUUUGAUACAGAACCAUUUGACCUUCUGCCUGUACAAUCAUGCAGCCAUAUGGCCCAACGACGAGACCAAGUGGCCCAAGGGUAUGCGCGUCAACGGUCACUUGCUGCUCAACUCGGCAAAAAUGUCCAAGUCAGAUGGCAAUUUCCUGACGCUGCACGAGGCGAUUGACAAGUUCUCGGCGGACGGCAUGCGCCUGUGCCUUGCCGACGCUGGCGACAGCGUGGAGGAUGCCAACUUUGUAGAGAGCACCGCGGAUGCGGGCAUUCUGCGUCUGUACACCUUCAUUGAAUGGGUCAAGGAGAUGUUGGCCACGCGCACUAGCCUGCGUCACGAUGCGACCAAAACCUUUAAUGAUCAGGUCUUCUUGAGCGAGCUCAACUUGAAGACACAGCAGACGGAUGAGAACUAUCGCCGUAUGCUGUUCAAGGAGGCGCUGCGCAGUGGCUUCUAUGAGCUGCAGCUUGCGCGUGACAAGUACCGCGAGCUGUGCGGCGCCCAGGGUAUGCAUGAGGAUCUGGUCAUGGAGUUUAUACGACGACAGGCGCUGCUUGUGGCGCCAAUUUGCCCGCAUAUGGCUGAGCAUGUGUGGGGCCUGAUGGGCAACAAGGAGUCCAUUGUGCACGCCCGUUGGCCCGAGGUGGGCGCAAUUAAUGAGCUGGAUAUCAUGUGCUCAGAGUAUUUAAUGGAGUCGGCGCACUCCUUCCGCCUUAACCUGAAAAAUCUGCUGCAGGUCAGGGGCAAGGGCGGCAAAGAGAAGGCUCUGGAUGCACAAACUGCAAAACCCAAUCGCGGUCUGGUUUGGGUAGCGAAAACUUAUCCACCUUGGCAAUGUUGCGUGCUGGACACCAUGCGUGAGCUAUACAACAAGGAGACUAAAACGCUGCCCGAUAACAAGAUCAUUGCGGCCACACUGCAGCAGAAGCCCGAGUUGAAAAAGUUCAUGAAGCGCGUGAUGCCCUUUGCACAAAUGAUACGCGAGAAGGUAGAAACGGGCGGUAAGGGCGUAGCUGCACUAGCUGUCACCCUGGAGUUCGAUGAGCGACAGGUGCUGCUCAGCAAUCUGGAUUACCUUAAGAAUACCUUGGAUCUGGACAGCCUGGAAAUAAAGUACACUGAUGAUCCCUCAGCACCGGAGAAGACGCGCGAGGAAGUGCGUCCCGGCUCGCCUUUCAUUUUGUUCAGCGCUGCGCCGCAUAUCAGUGUUGAACUGGUCAAUCCCACGGAACGCUCAUCUCUGUUUCAGGUGAACACCAUCAUAUCCGAGGGUGACACGGUGCAGUCACUGCGUGAGAAACUUGCCAAAAUUAUUGGCCUGAAAACAGACAUUUCCGCGCUCCAAAUUUGGCGCUAUGAGGAUCCUCUGUUGGGUCCGCGCAAGCUGCCCAGUUUCCAGGACUACAAGACUGGCAAGACACAGCUGAGCGAGGGCAACUUUGUGCUGGAUGUGGCAGCAAAACGAGUGAGCGUUGAUCAAGCUGGCAAACUGGCCGAGGUCGGACGCAAUCUAAUCUACGUGGUCGAGUAGAGAACAUCUACGUUCUGGUCACGCGUCUUAAUUUAUAAAUGAUUUUGGAAUUGGAACAUUGUAAAACAGUUGUUGGCUAUAAAUGAAUACCUUACUAUACUAUGUGCUUUAGUAUACACCAAAA